AUGGACGCAAAAGCUGCAAUCGAAGGCCUCCGGACAGGAAAGAAGCCACAGUGGUCUUCUGAUUCUGAAUCGUUCGAGUUCGCACAAUCCCUUGACAACAGCGAUCAAGUACCCAAAACCUUCCGGUCGGAAUUCGUCGUCCCCACCAAAUCACAACUCAAACGGAAGACGCUCAAUGACAACGCAGAGACUUCAAAAGCUGCAGCUGGCCCCGAGGAUGAAAGCAUAUACUUCUGCGGCAACAGUUUGGGACUGCAACCGCGUGCUGUAGGGCAAUACCUCUCGUCAUAUCUCAAAACUUGGGGAUCCAUCGCCGUGGGCGGACACUUCACUCCACUCUCCGACUCCCCAUUAACACCAUAUCAAGACAUGGCUGGCGAUUGCGCACGGAAAAUGGCUCCUAUCGUUGGUGCUUCAGCUUCAGAAGUGGUCGCCAUGAACACACUUACUAUCAACCUGCAUUUGAUGAUGGCAGCGUUCUACAAACCCACACCUCAAAAACACAAAAUAAUGUGUGAAUGGAGACCCUUCCCCAGCGACUACUAUGCGAUCGAAAGCCAGAUUGAGUGGCAUGGGCUGGAUCCCGCAAAGUCGAUGCUCCUCGUAGAACCCGACGAAGGCUACAUCAUCACGACCUCCAAAAUCCUACAGCUCAUCGACCAAGAAGCAGACUCUCUUGCUCUAAUUCUCCUCCCCGGCAUUCAAUACUACUCAGGCCAGCUCCUGGACAUCCCCACUAUCACAGCGCACGCCCGGAAACACAACAUCACUAUCGGCUGGGACCUCGCGCAUGCAGCGGGCAAUGUGGAGCUCAAAUUGCACGACUGGGAUGUCGAUUUCGCGUGCUGGUGCACUUACAAGUACAUGAAUGCAGGCGCAGGAGCGAUAGCAGGAACCUUUUUACACUCAAAGCACGGUAAUAACGAGCACUACACGGGCCUCAAAGGGUGGUACGGCCACGACAAAUCAAGCCGGUUCCUCAUGGACAACAAGUUCGUCCCCACGCCUGGCGCACAGGGCUUCCAAUGCAGUAACCCGAGUGUGGUCGAUUUGACGUGCUUGUCUGGCGCACUCAGCGUCUUCGAGAAAACCAGCAUGGCGACUCUGCGGUCCAAAGCACUUUUGCUAACGGCGUACGCGGAGCACCUCCUCACCUCCAUUGCGGCGCGCAACAUCCACGAUGGCGCGUCCCCCUUCGAGAUCAUUACGCCGGCCGACCCGGCACAGCGGGGUACUCAGCUCAGCGUCCUUUUGCAGGAGGACUUGAUGGAGGAUGUUAGUGCGGCGUUGGAAGGCAACGGCGUCAUUUGCGACAAGCGGAAGCCUGGCAUCAUUAGGGUCGCGCCUGUGCCUCUGUACAAUACCUUCGGCGACGUGUGGAAUUUUAUGAGAAUCUUUGAAAACGCGCUGAAGCCGCGGACGGCAGGGAAACAGUAG